AUUUUAGAUGCUUUCGAAGUGAUUUGCAGUGUUGUUGCGCGUGUCUCGAGGUGAUCGCGGAUUCCCAUAGAUUUUAACACGCAAACGAAAAAUUACUUGCGGCAGUCAAGCAGCACGAAGUAGCGAAUUGUAGGCACUGAACGGGAAUCCUUUGUAGUGACGUUUGGCGUAAAGAAAGUGAAUUUUAUUUCGUUUCGAAAGCGAUUUUGGGUAGAAAUUUCGAAAAUGUUGCGUGCUUCGCUGUUGCUAAUUUUGUUGGUUUGCCUGAAUGGCUGGUGUGCGGCGCAAAUUGAACUCAGUGCUGAGUUGCCAACAUUGCCCGACUUCAAGCCGGUCACUGAAUUGCCCGCUGACAUACCGACAUGCGAGCAGAGUGACAUCAAUAUCAAUGAGUGCAUCAAACGCGCCUUCCAAAAAUUAACGCCACGCCUUAAAGAUGGCAUCAAGGAGCUGAAUAUACCACCCAUGGAUCCGUUCAUCAUUGAGCGCAACAACAUUGAAGUGCGCAGCGGCUUCGCAACUGGCCGUGUGCAGGUACGUAACGUACGUAUAUUCGGCAUCAGCGAUAGCGUAGUGCAGUCGGUAGACCAUCGUAUGGAUGGCGAUAAAGUGAGCAUGGGAUUGGUUACACAAGUGCCGCGUCUCUACCUGGAAGGCAACUACAAAGCAGAUAUGAUGAUAAACGAGGUGAAAAUGACACCGAAGGGCUACUUCAAUGUGACAAUGACCGAUCUUGUCUUGAGCUCGCAGUCGGAGGGUGAACUUUAUGAGCGCGAUGGCCACACGUAUUUGCGUUUGACGAAAUUCAACUUUGAACCGGAAAUCGGUGAUAUGCAUAUUUAUGCGAGCAAUCUGGUGCCCGAUCCGGCAUUAAACGCCGUUAUUUUGGACUUUGUUAAUCAAUACUGGCGUCAAGUCUAUAAAAUCAUGUUGCCACAAACGCGCAGCACUUGGGAGCCGAUGUUUUUGAAAGUUAUGAACUCAUUUUUCGCCUCUAUACCCUUCGAUUUAUUCAUUAAGAAGAACUAAAUACCACUAAAAAA